CCCCCAAAAAUUUUCUAAUUCACACAUGUCUUCCCUUUUCUUCUUUAGCAGUCGUAACCCUCUCUCUGUUGCUUUCAGAAGAUUCAAAAUCUGCAGUUUUUCUUCCAUUGUUACUUAUGCUACAGAGGAAGAAAAAUCAAGAUUCAUUCACCCCUCUUCGGUUAUUCAUCCAAAUGCAAUUUUGGGUGAUGGUGUUUCAGUUGGUCCCUUCUGUACUAUUGGGCCUUUUGCAAAGUUGGGGAGGGCUUGUCAACUGUACCCUGGAAGCCACAUCUUUGGAAAUACUGAACUCGGGGACAAUUGCAUCCUGAUGACUGGUGCUGUAAUUGGAGAUGAUCUUCCUGGUCAUACAGUCGUCGGGAGAAACAAUGUUUUUGGGCAUCAUGCUGUAAUUGGUGUCAAGUGCCAGGACAUGAAAUAUAAGUUUGGGAAUGAGUGUUUUCUCGAGAUUGGUGACAACAAUGAAAUCAGGGAACAUGUAUCCAUCCAUCGAUCUUCUACUCCAAGUGAUAAAACCGUUAUUGGUGAUAAUAAUCUUAUUAUGGGCUCUUGUCAUAUAGCUCAUGACUGCAAAGUGGGCAACAACAAUAUUUUGGCAAACAGUACACUUCUUGCAGGUCAUGUUGUGGUGGAGGACUAUGCUCACACUGCAGGAGGUAUCGUAGUUCAUCAAUUUUGCCGUAUUGGUUCAUAUGCUUUCAUUGGUGGUGGUUCAGUGGUUUCUCAAGAUGUUCCAAAGUACAUAAUUGUCUCCGGGGAAAGAGCUGAGCUUCGUGGGUUGAAUCUUGAAGGCUUAAGACGUCGUGGGUUUUCUGCUAUGGAGAUUAAGAGCCUGAGAGCAGCUUAUAGAAAGAUAUUUAUGCCCACUGAUACGAGCUCUGGGAAUAUUGAAGAUCGACUAGUUCAAGUGACACCGUAUUUUCAGGAGCAGCACAAAGACCUGGGUCUAUUUCCAGCUGUCUGUUCCAUGGUUCAGUCAAUACGUGAUUCUUUUGCUGAAAAUCGCCGUGGAAUUUGCAAAUUUAGAAGUUGGAGUGGGUCUUAGCAUCUUUUCUUCGUAAGUCUGCUCUUUGUUUUAGUUUUCAUAUGCCGUCCUAAAAGUAUACCUUGAGCAAGUCUUUUCUAUUCGAAUUAAGACCACUAUUUGUAUGUUGACUGUAAAAUGGUGAAUUCAUUUUACUGAAUACUUGGUUCGUAGUACUUGCUGAGGGUCUAUCAAGAACAACCUCUCUACCUCCAUAAAAGUAGGGGUUAAGGUUUGCGUACAUCUUACCCUUCCCAGUCCCCAUUUGUGGGAUUACACACUGGCUAUGUUGAUGUUGUUGUAUC